UCGAUGUGAGACAGUGUUGAGUGUUGCAAGUCAGUGGUCAUUUUGCGUGACUUGUCUGCCGUUAGCUAUGAAAAAAUGAUUCGUGCAGGAAUUCGCAAAGGAAAGAAGCAAGGGACGAAUAUUUUCCAACCGAUCUUCUAUAAAACCUCUUCUUCUGAAGUCUGGUUCCCUUUCUUCUCUGACAAUCUAAACGACGUCUCUGACAUGGGAGUGUCUUUCAGACUUUCUCCCAUAUUUGUGCUGCUGCUGCUGCCGUCGCCGCCAGUUCUACUCUUGCUCGCCAAUAUUGCCACCGACGACGCGAAUAAGGUCGACACCGAAAAGGAGAAAGUAGAGGCCUCUCGUAAGCACGACAAGGUGGAGAUAAAAGAAACGGAAGUAUGCCAGUGUGAAUGUUUGCAGGACCGGAGGGGAGGACUUGUAAGGGGGUUUAUGAGUAAGGUGCCCGAGGUUCGUCGGUACGAGAGAUCUCGAGACCGUAACUCCCGUAUGCUACGCAGUUACGUCGGGAAGUAUUUGCGUAGAGGCAUAGGUGCAUACCUGGUUGAUUUCGAAGAUGCAUUGCCAUACAAUAAUAUGCGAAGAUGAUUCUUCC